UUAUAUUAUAAAGUGGCAAGAAAGCGGCCACCUGAAUUCGCCGAAAUGACGAAGCAACAUCCGGAAUUGCAGACGUGUUGCCUAUCCUUAGUCGACGGAAGAGAUGCACAUAAACAGAAUAUUUCCCCUUCCUACGCGUUUUUUCUGCCUUAAACCACUACUAAUAUUAUAAAGAGGAAAGGAACUCUAAUAAAUCACACUCAGAGCUACGUAAUUACUUAAAUUGUCUCUUAGUCUUACGCUAAGAUUCUUUAAGACUAUUUAUUUACCGUUACUGACUUCAACAUUACACUCGACAUAUAAAAAUAUAUUUACAUAUCUGCUUUUAUCAUAAAUCUACGCUUGUUAAUUGUUAGCAGUUUCUAAAAACAUUGAAUUGAAUGGAAAUCUUUACAUCAUCUAUAUUUUUAGACAACUGCGUAUAAUAUUACGUGUUUAUGUUAUUGUUUACAUUUUUCAUAAUCAAACAAUAACUGUUAUAAAACAAUACAUGUUGUGAUACGAACGUAAUUUCAGUUGAAGUAUGAAUUAAUAUUUUGUUAUCGUUUGUACGUGCUCGCAUUUCACGUGGAUUUCACCUUGCCUUGAGAUAUUGUCUCAUACUAAAAAAAAUAAAUUAAAAAUAAUCGUAUGUUUGAAAGAAUGCGAGAUAAGUUAGUAGACAUUAAUGGAGUUAAGUUUUAAGUUAAUGAGUGUAAAAACUUGAACGAUAUUAAUGGGUUGAAGUAUUACUGUUAGACGUGUUUUGGUGUUUUUAAAAUGGAUUGGUACAGACACAUCUGUAUACUAAUUUUAAUAGUUCCUGUGUUUUCUAGAACAUUCCAAUACAAAAUGGAUAUAUUCAAUAUGUUCGGUUUCGCAUACGAAGUUGUCGGUGGAAUAUCUAAUACGGUGGGAUUGUUGAAUAGUUUGAAAAACGUAUUCGUAGUGUUAGGAGAAAGUGAUACUAACGGUUCCAGUAUACCGCAAAUACAACACGAGGAUGUAUUUUUAAAUAUAACUGAAUUGGCUGAAAAAUAUCAAUAUUCUAUAGAAGUGCAUACAGUCACAACAGAAGAUGGAUACAUUUUAUCGUUACAUAGGAUUCCUAAAGGUAGGAAUUCAACUAGAAACGAUCUAGUAGUACUCCUAAUGCAUGGAAUACUAGAUUCAUCUGACAGUUGGAUAUUACAAGGACCUAAUAAAUCUUUGGGAUAUAUCUUAGCGGAAACUGGAUUCGAUGUAUGGAUGGGAAAUGCUCGAGGAAAUAAACAUUCUCAAUUGCAUAGAAAAUUGAAAUCAUCUGAACCUGAAUUCUGGGCGUUCACUUGGGAUGAAAUCGGACAAUUCGAUAUUCCAUCAAUGAUAGAUUAUAUUCUAGAAACGACUAGAAUGAAAACACUAUAUUAUAUAGGACAUUCUCAAGGGACGACCAGUUUUUAUGUUAUGCUAUCAUUAAAACCGGAUUACAAUAACAAAGUGAAAAUGAUGUUUUCUUUAGCGCCUGUCGCUUGGAUGAGUCAUGUUAAAAGUCCUAUAGUAAAAAUGUUUUCACCAGCAAAUAAAAUACUUCAAUAUAUUAAUACGAACGCAUACUCUGGUAGUACUAAAUAUUUUAAUACCGUAACCAAUAUUAUUUGUAAUUUUUUACCUAUAAGAUGUGAUAGUUUAUUAAAUUUGAUAAUUGGUUAUGAUUUUAAACAUAUAAAUGUGUCUAUGUUGUCUAUUAUAUUAGGACAUAUGCCGUCAGGAUCUUCUACACUGCAGUUCGUACAUUUCGGCCAGUUAGUACAGUCUGGUAGAUUUUGUCGGUACGACAGAGGUAAUAUGAAAAAUCUAAAAGUCUAUGGAACAAAAUUACCGCCAGAUUAUGAUCUAUCUAAAAUAUCAGUUCCUAUAGUUUUAUAUUAUAGUGGAAAUGAUUGGUUAUCAGAUCCCCGUGAUGUGGAAAUACUUGAAAAUCAUUUGAAAGUUCAAACUGGUAAUUAUAUCGAAGAUUUCAAUCAUUUGGAUUAUCUUUUCGCGGAUACAGCUAAGGAAUUAAUAUAUCUGUCUAUUAUUAAACAAAUUUAUUAUUACGAAACUCAAAUAUCUGUAUCAUUAGAGAGCGUCAAAUGUCCGUAGAUUAAUUUUAAUUUUUCGUAUCUAGUCAGGAUGUUAUAAAAAAUUGGAAGCCUAAUUUA